AUGCCGCUGGCGUUGGCUGUGCUGCUGCUGCUGCUGCUGGGGGGCACGCACUUGACUGGAGCGGCGGCUGUCAGCGUUGGCACAGAUGUUGACAAGGAAGUGGCACCAGUUGGCGAUGUAACAACGGAUCUGCUGUCAUUGGAGCCGGAAAUUGGCGGCUCUGCGGUGCGGCGGAAAGAGCAGGAGCAGCAGCAGCAGCAACGAGGUGGCCGUCGAGCGCGUGGCAUCUUCUUCAGCGGCGGCUUCCAGGGCUAUCCCUUUGGCGGCUGGGCCUGGGGCAGUGGCUAUGGCAAUGGCUAUGGCUAUGGCAAUGGCUAUGGCUGGUCCUUUCCCGGCUCUUAUGGCCCUGCACCCACGUACUAUGGCUAUUAUCCGGGCUACCUGGGCUAUCAGAAAAUUAUAAUCGGCUAA